CUGUGGUUUGUAUUCGGUAAAUGAGGUUAAGUAUUUGGGGACGAUUUGUAGAGGAUGAGAAGGGAUUAAAAAAUUAUUAUUGGAGACUCAUUGAGGAGUGGUGGUACCGAUAAAUAUUUAAUUACUACAGAACUUAUAAAAAUGUAUCAUGCAGUAGUAAAUUUUGAAACACGCAGAACUGUAAUUAAUACCGACUAAGUGUUAACUCUAUAGUAGUGUAGUGACUUAAAUUAUGGAUAAGUGGCCAAAAGACGUUGGUAUUUUAGCUCUAGAAUUGUAUAUACCCUCUUUAUAUGUUGACCAGGCAGAAUUAGAGGAUUAUGAUGGAGUUUCAAGUGGAAAGUACACUAUUGGUUUGGGCCAACAGAAAAUGGGGUUCUGUACGGACCGGGAAGAUAUUAAUUCGUUAUGCCUUACUGUGGUUCAAAAAUUAAUGGAAAACUACAAUAUAAAACCACAAGAUAUUGGUCGUUUAGAAGUGGGAACUGAAACUAUCAUUGAUAAAUCUAAAAGUGUAAAAACAGUUUUAAUGCAACUGUUUGAACCUUUUGGAGUAACAGAUAUAGAGGGUGUAGAUACAACAAAUGCGUGUUAUGGGGGUACAGCGGCAUUGAUCAAUGCUAUUUCGUGGAUUGAGUCAUCUUAUUGGAAUGGCAGAUAUGCUCUUGUAGUAACAGCUGAUAUAGCAGUGUACGCAAAAGGAUCAGCUAGACCAACAGGCGGUGCUGGCUCCGUCGCCAUGUUAUUGGGACCAAACGCUCCUUUAGUUUUUGACCGAGGACUCCGAGCAACGUAUGUAAAACAUGCUUAUGAUUUUUACAAACCGGAUCUUACUUCAGAAUACCCUGUAGUUGAUGGAAAAUUGUCUAUACAAUGUUAUUUGAGUGCAUUAGAUAUUUGCUAUGCACUUUAUAAGAAAAAAGUAGUAGAAAAACAAAAAACUAAUGUCAAUUUAAAUGAAUUUGACGCUGUAAUAUUUCACACUCCAUAUUGUAAACUUGUUCAAAAAUCUGUGGGGCGUCUAGCAUUUAACGAUUUCCUUGAUAAUUCUGAUAACUAUCCGGAAUUAGAGAAAUUCAAAAAAGUUAAGUUGGAAGAAAGUUAUUUCGAUAGAGAUGUAGAGAAGGCUUUCGUUCAAGCUAGUAAAGAAGCGUUUACUAAAAAAACUCAACCAUCACUGCUUAUGGCAGCUCAAGUAGGAAAUAUGUACACUUCUUCACUUUAUGGUGGCUUGGUAUCCUUAUUAAUUAAUAAGAAACCUUCAGAAUUAAUCGGCAAUAAAAUCGUUUUAUUUUCUUAUGGAUCUGGUUUGGCCGCAUCAAUGUUUUCAAUAACAGUAAAUAAUAAUUCUGAUUCUUUACAAAAUAUAAUUACAAAUUUGAAUGAUAUAAAAACUCGGCUAGAACAACGCCAAAAAAUUGAACCCAAAAAAUUCGAGGCUAGUCUCGAAUUACGACAAGAAACCAGUCAUAAGGCUCCUUACGAACCCGUUAGUAGUAUUGAUAGUUUCUUCCCAGGUACUUACUAUUUGGUUAAAGUUGAUGAAAUGUUUAGAAGAUUCUACAAUAGAGUUCCCUUACUUACUAAUGGUUAUUCUUAGUAUUUCAUUACUGAAAUAUUAGUAUUAUUAAAGUGGAUACAAUAAUUACAAAUAAUUAUGCUACAAUUUUUAUGCAGAACUGCGAAAAAACUCAAAAGUGAAUAAUUAAUAUUACAACCAACCAAAAUCAUUGAUUAUUAUUAAUGUGGCAUAUUUGCCUUUUGUAUAGUUCUUCAUAUAUCAAUUGCAGAUUAUAAACAUUUUAUGAUUUAAUUAUUUUUAUAAAUACUUUUAAAAAUAUGUAUAUCUUAUACGAGAAAGUAUUCUUUAAAAGGCAAUCGCCCAUGGUCUAAAGGACGCCAAAUUUCUAUUUAUUAAGAAAAAUUCAUGAAUUAAAUAAGCCACGCCACUGCUUAUCACAGACUGUCUAGCAGGAAUAUUACAAAGAAAUUGUGUAGAUACGCUUUCCCACAGCUUCGGCCAAUAGAAAUGCAUGUUUAAGAUUCGAUGUUUUCAUUAGUAAACAAUAGAGAUAUGAGUCCACGUGGAUUGACGGUUUGUUAGAUUUUCACCGCAUUUUGUAUAGGGAGUAAACAUUAUUUUUCAUAUCUUAAUUUGAUACGAGUGUAGUGCGUAUUUAUGAAAUAUUAUUGUUCCUCUCAUAACUGUCUUCUGCAAUUUAUAUUGGAAGAACUAUACCAAUAACUGUUUCUGAAAUUUUUUUUAGCUGAUUCUAUAUAUGCUUUCCAUUUUUUUCUAUCACGUCUAGAUUUCAUUCAAUAAUGUAAUUAUACUCGACUAUGAUAUGGAUUUUAUGAAGAGAAACACAUCAACAAUACAAAUUUUGUUUUCAAUAUUAGUCUACCUGUAGUUAUAUCACUGCAAAAUGCAUUAGAAAAAGUAUUAAAAUAAAGAGUCUGCACUCAACACUAGUAGUUGACAUCAAUGUAAAUUACUAUGAACUUUAUCUUUCUUGGUUUAGUAUUUGACACCAUGAUUAUUCCUCAUUUAGAGGUUAGAAUUCAGUUUUUCUUAAUGAAUACUUAUUUCUUCUAUACCUGCAUAUCAAAAUGUUAUAACUAUAAUUAAGAAGCAAAGUUUAAUGAAAAAAUACAAAUAUAAACUUAUCUUCGUUCGCAGAAUGUCAUAAAUGUUUUUUAAUUCCUUGUUUCCACGAUUAAAGUCGAUAAUGUCAAAUACUAACAUGAUAUCAAGUACUAGUACGUUUACGCUACAGAGAUGUAUGAAUGAUAAUGAAUAGUUGACAAAGGAUGAAUUUUGAAUAAAUUUAAACAAAAAUUUUGAAGUAUGUAAAAUUAGAUAAGAUGGGUCUCUUGGCAAUCCCUAUUGAGAUUUCAACAGUAACGUACUAUCUUGGUACCAUUUUUCCAUUUCAAUAAAGUUUUUGUAGAACUUAACCUUGCUCUUCACUGUAAUUCCCUAAGCUCUCAGGGAAAUGGUCAAGGAGGGAAUAUUGUUGCCCAGAAAAUAGCGUACACGUUUUUUCAUCCAAACUAAUUUUUCUUUCUGAUUCAUACUUUUUUUUUAAAUUUGCGUCUUCCCUCAAAAUUCGGCUUUGUGGACCCACGAAAAUUCCCACCUUGACUUUUUCUGAAAGAUACUUGAAGCUCCUUCUUUUGACAAAACGGUUACAAAUUGCUCUAUCAAUUAGGGCUUCCUGUACAGCGGUGGUAGCAAAAUCUUAAGGUAAAUCAACGUUCGUGUAGGAUGUUUUUCAUACCAGGUACAAAAUUUUGUCGUUUAGGUCACAAUUUUUAUUUCCACAAUCUCUACAGUCUCAUUCACAUGAGAAGAACGGAAUUUUCGUAUAACCCAGUUGUUGACCUAACAGAAGACAUAUCAAAUCGCCACACACAAGCUAUUGGUGCUCCGCAUAUUUGAUGCCGACCAAUAUAUUUUUAUAUGUGAUUGAAAUGGGCAAUAGAAUGGAUGGGUAUUUAUUGCCAUUAUCUAGAAGAACUUCUUUGAGAGGAAUCAAUGAAAAAUCUCGACUCAGACUCAAAAAUUUCAUUAGAUCAGGAAUAUUACAGAACAAGAUUGAAUCUUCAAUGAAAAGUAGUAAAUCUCGUUCUUUAAAGCGAUACCAUGAAAAUAAUUUACCUGGGGCUAAGAGACUUUUUGAUUUCAGUUUUGAACCUACAAUUUCAAAUGCCUCUUUUGUUAGUUUUAAAUCUCUAACCAAAUCAUUUAAUUCUGCUUGGGUAAACAGCUGUGUGCGUCUUCCUGGUGUAAAUUAAUCCUCUGAUGAAUGGGCUUCACUCUCAGAUUUAGCUGAUACAUACAGGUCGUAUUGCUAAAGGAAUGCUGUAGUAAACAUUGCUCUUUUUAUUUUUAGAACUGUAUCGACUGGUGUUGAACAUACAAAAAUAGCAGUCAUUUACAUGAUAUUGCGGUUCGCGCCAUACCAUAGAGAUCCCAAAGGGCAUUUGCUUCUUUUUUCCUGCCUUCCAAAGACGCAAUCCUUCUACACAGAUGCCACACACUUUAGCCCAUGAUUUGUCUUGAUCUCCAAGUAUUAAGUUGAAAUAGGCAAAAUACAGGUUCUUUAUUCACCCAUUAAUCUCACUUCUCUGUUACGCUACUGUAAAUUUACACAAAUAGAACAAAACAUUUCCGUUUCGACUCGCUCAUUUUGAAUCGACACUUUUUUCACAGUUAUCGGAUGAAGAAAAAUAAAUGAACUUGUUUUCGGCAACUUGCAAAAAAAGAUGUCUGCAGUCGAUGCAUGAUUUGAAGGAAUUUGCGCUCGUCAGUAAGUUGCCCACAGAAAAAAAAAACAUGUAACAGGCCGACGUUGUACAUGUAAAUCCUAACUUCACAGGAGAAUCGUGACUGUACACUUUACGCGUUGUACACGCUUAAUCACCGCUUUGCGUCGCGGGUGUAUGAUUAUUUAGUGGCCGGGAAUUAAUCCUCACAAUAGAAAUUAUCUAUUUAAGAGUUAACCAGACGUGGUAGGAAAAAAAAGGAUUGUAUUUUUAAAAUCAGCGUGAAAACUGCUUAAAGAAGAUCUUUUGUCAUUUGUUAAUUGAUGCAGAGUGGUGUUAUUCGUCGAUUUUAAUGUUCUCCACUAUACAACUAUUUCCAGGUUUCAAAUUGAAUUUUAUCAUGACUUGAAUAUAAUAUAAAAACACAGAAAUGCGAAUGUGAAUUUUUUGCAUUGACAUAUUGCAGAGAUAGUAAACUAGAGAAAGUCUUUAAUAGUAGUUUUUAUUGUGGUUACUUUGAGGAAAGUUGAUUUAUUGACUGAGUUGAACAUUGAUUAUAGAGAACAUAAGUGUGAAAAUAGAAUAAGCAAAAGAAACUGGGAAAUGAUUUCCCUUCACACCAAUGUUCUCACAAGUGGUAUUCCGAGAUUGAAUUCAAAAUAUCCAUUAUUUUAUGGAUACUAUGGAUAAUUAUGGAGCAUUAUUCCAAAGUUAUUUUGUGGAUGGAUACAUUUUACAUAUUUCUAUUAAAAAAUCUGCAUUCAUAUGAUGCACCACAAUAAAUUAUUUUUAUUAUAAAAUUUUCAUCAUAUUUAUCAUACUGUGCUAUAAAAAAUAAGAUGAAAAUGAAUCUACAAUCAUAGAGUUAUUGAAAAUACGAAUGAAAUAAUAUUGUGCUGGUUGGAUUUAACAUACAACAAACUACACACAACCGGUCAAAAAAUGUUAACCAUCCUAUAGUUUGCGUAAUACACAAAAAUAAAAACAAUUCAGUAGAUUUUCAGAUUUAUUGUUUAAAGAACACAUAUAGAAAACAAUAUAGUCAUUAUAAAAAUACAAUCUGUUUUAUAUUUAAAUUUGUGAUUUAUCUUUUUGGUUUUAUUAUUUCAGUGCACAAUUUUGGCAUACUCUGCAACAUUAUCCACAUAUAAUAGUCGUUGAUUUGGUUCCAUUCGUUAUUCAGGAUAUUCCACGUGAAGUGGAAUUAGGAAAUUCCGACUUCCCUGACCAAUUUGUCCCACAACAACUAAAUCGGGUUGAGGUCGGGCGAUGGUGUCGACCAAAUCAUUAUUUUGACAACAUUCUCGUUCCCCUUUCAAUUCUUUCAAAUACUCUUUGCACAACUUUGAGGAAUGCUUGGGAUCGAUGUCAUGCUGGAAGAUAAAUUUUAUGCCGAUCAGAGCUAGGCCAUAACGUACUAUCUUCUUCUUCUACUUCUUAGAGAACUGUCGAUCUGUUAAUUCUGAAGCUGCCUCUGCAUCUUUUCCUGAGAGGUGGAUUGCCAACUAUCUUUCCACCUUUUAGGUGGUCUCCAGGGAGGCCUUGAGCCGGGCGGGUUGAUUUCUAGGACUAUUCUCGGAAGUCUGUUCUCGUCCAUCCGUCUUACAUGGUUGUACCACUGCCUCUUACGUUGUCUUCCCCAUCUCACAAUGUCUUGUAUCCCGCAUUACUCUUUGACAUCUGCAUUUCUCACUCUGUCUCUUCUUGAUUUCUCCACUAUUGUUCUCAGCAUUUGUUUUGUCUUGUUGGUGUCCUCGUGGACUUCCGUGCCGUACGUCGUGAUGGGUCUGAUACAAGUCUUGUAGAUUCUAAUUUUGCUAUCUUUGCGCAUGUACGGGUUGGACCAGACUAUAUCUCGUAGGCAUCCUGAUAGUGCGGAUGCUUUGUUAAUCUGGCUUCUUAGGUCUUUAACUGGGUCGUGGGACUUGAUAUGUCUAUGCCCAGAUAUCUGAAUUGCAUAACUUGUUCUCCAUCACCAGCUUACAUCUGUGUGAAUUGAUCUCCUACCUUGACCUUUGUUUCGUUAUUGUUAUUUAGGUUAUGGAUUAUCUUCGUUAUGUUUGCUGGUGCCUUAUUUUCCAUCAAUAUAUGCAUUACGUACUAUAUUUUCCUUAAAUAUUGUUUUACAGCCUUCUUUCUUGAAAAUUCUUUUAAUGUUUAUCGGGUGUCCAGUCGCCCAUCCUCCAAAACAUCCCCAAACGAUUACCGAGCUUCUGCCGUAUUUUACAGGAAUUACAUAUGGAUCUAACAUCCGUUCUUCCUUUGACCUGCUCAAUAACACUCUUCUCUUGGACCCAAAAAUUUAUAACUUUGACUCACCACUCCAUAAAACUCUCUCCUACUCUUCAUGUGUCCAAAUUUUUAUGGUCUAAAAUUCACAGCAACCUUUUAAUUUUAUUUUGAAGUCUUAAAAGAGGUUUCACUGUCUCCUUCCAAAAAGUCCAGUUUCGCUCAAUCUCCUUUUCACUCUAGAAGUACUCAAAGACAGAUCCCUAGUUCAAUACAACACGUUAAUCUUCAGCGAGACCGCAUUGCGCGUUUUCUAUCAUCAGAGCUCUUGGUGGAUACUUAUAUUUUUACGUUGUAGUUCACGGUGCAUCGAAGUCUUUUUAUUUCGGUGGCAGUCUACAUUUGCCUAGACUAUAAAGACUUUCGAUUAAUGCACAAUAGUUCCUUGGUUUUAUCCCAGUUUGAAUUUGCAAUGUAUAGGUUCAAAAAGUAUACUUCACAGCACGUUCUUGCGUCUCACAGGACUAACUGAGAUUAAACUUCAAUCAUAAACACCCAAGAAUUAAUUCACAGUUGAAGAAUAACAAACAAAUCAGGCGGUACUUGCAAUUGUCAACUUGUUGGACUCACCAACAAAACAUAAACAUGUGCUCGUAUAUAGUAAACAAAUAACGGACAUUAUUAUUUUCAGUUUCGCUUGUAAAUAUGAAGGAGAAAUUUGUUUAAGUGUAUUAUUUUGGAAUUUAAUGAAUGGAUUGUGGGGUGGGCAAAAAGUUUUGACCGGUAGUGUAAUUAGAUAAUAUAUGUACUAAAGCAGUUAUGCAUCAAAUGUGCAGCAUACUUAUCUUUAAAAAUAUUAGAGAACUCUAAUUUCGAUUCAAGUGCCUAUCAUAUUACUUGACCACUUUCAUGCAUAAUAAUCAAAAUCUAUUUUCCAAAAAAUUAUAAUUCAUUAUUAAAUGAACGGUAAUUUAAGAAAAAAACUGCAAUAGUUGAAUAAUUUGUUUUACAAGUAGUAUUUACUUAGAUCUUUAGUAGGUGAUAAUUAGUCUAAUUAUUUAAAUUGAAUUGAUUUGUUUUAUUAUUGACACUUUUUAAUUUAUUUAUAAGACAAAUCAUUAUACUUAUUAUUAAUUGGUGCUAAAUUGUUUUAAUUGUAUAAGGUGUUUUGAAAAAUUAUUUUAUUUAUUCAUCAAUUAUUAUUUUUGAAAAUGGUUUUAUUUUAUCAACAAUUCGAUUAUUAGUUGUCAGUAAAACUCAGAAAAACAAUUUUUGUCUCAUCUGUAAAAUGUACAAUGUCACAGAUCUUAAUUCCUAUCUUAUAUUUAGACAAAGUUAACCUUUUAAAUGAAAUCAGUAUAACAUGAAUCAAGCUUAUAGUAUACAAAAAAAAUUGAAAUACAAUCUUCCCCUUUAUUAUAUUUACUAAAUGAAUGUAAAUAAAAAUUUUAUGAAAUAA